GCCGCUGCUGCUGCUGCUGCUGCUGCUGCUGCUGCUGCUGAUGCUGCUGCUGCCGCUGAUCCGAUUGCCUUCAGCUCGCUAAAGGAAAUAGGUUCAAGGUCGACGAUGCUGCUCGGAAAUGCCUCCGUCGAUGCCAAACGUGAUUUCCAUUUUACCAUUUACAAAGUAGCAGCGAGUCUUUUCGCGGCCAACGAAUCGUUAAGGAAGGAAAAAUCGACGGCGGAAAGGAAGAUCCAUAGGUUGAAUGGCAAUCGUAAUUCAAGAAUCAAGAGAUCCGACGGCCACUUAUGGAUCAAGAGUGAGAUUGACGGGACCGAUGAUUUCUUGGAAAUGCAUGCCUUCGUCGUGAGAGAUGAAGAUAUACCCGAAUGCGACACGCCCGCCGACAAGGUUGCAAAAGGCAGGUACUUUAUGUGCAGCGGAGUUAUCCUCGAUGAACGUCACGUACUAACGUCGGCAACGUGCAUGAAUCAAGCGCACAUUCACAAAUAUCACACCGAGGCAUAUCUCGCUGUGCUGAUCGGGGCAUUAGGCGUGGAAAACAGUUACGUUAUCAAGAUUGCCCACUAUGAAAUACAUCCACGCUACGUGCCCGAUCCUAAUUCUAUUCGCCAUGCCACCAACAAUAUUGCUGUUUUAAGACUUUCUUGCCCCAUUCCUCGUAAAUACGUUGUUGUGCCGAAACUACCGUCCAAAAGAUUUCAAGAUAUUGCCCAUUUGUGCUGUCCUGGCAGAUGUAAAUUAUCGACGGUUAUAAAAAAUUCUGAGAAUCAACGUAUUAUACGACUUAUAACGUUGAAACAUUUGCCAUCGGCAAUGCAUAUUGAUAUUAAGCGCUCAAACGUUAAAACCGAUGAAAAGAGCUUGAUAAAGCUAAAUCUGCCGCGGAUUGGUAAAACUGAACAAGACAAUACCAACAAAUUCGUUCCACUGGCAAGUCUAGGUGGCAGAAGUGUACGGCAGUCGAUUUAUGGUCUGAAAGCUACAAAUUUUACGGAUUCUUCAAGGAACUCUAAAAGUAUAGCUUACUCUUCGCAAAAAGUCUACGAAGUUAUAGAUUGGCACGAAGUGAAAACUGAAAUUGAUGAGGCGAAAGUUUCACGAAAAAAUCAAAAGUUAUUGUCUGACUUUGUGCAAGCUUCCAUGAGCGAAGUACUGACGAAGCUUUUAGAAGUUAUGACGAACCAUAUAACGGAUAUGAAUAAGGUAUUGAACUCUUUCGCAAGUGUCCUCCAGGAAAAUGUAUUGCAUGGCGAAAAUUCGUAUGAAAAGAUAUCAGAUUUUAUUGGUAAAAAUAUAUUGAAGUUCGCUUUGGAGAAGAUGUCAAUAAUUGGCAAUAAUUGUACAGAAAAGUGUCGCGAAACUGCAACUUCAGACAAUUUGAAUGUUGAAAAUCAUGUUGGUAAUAAAAAGGCUGAAAAUAAUAAAGCAGGGCAGGAUGGGCUACAUACCAGCUCUACUGCGGAAGCAGUGAAGGAUAAUAAAACUGAAAUGAGCAAGAAAGGGGAGAACAAAAUGAAAAUAAACGAGAUUGGGGAGGACAGCGAAAAGUCAGUGGAUUUACUGCACGAGGAUAAAUACAGAGUUUUAAGCGACAACGCGUAUUGUCCUCCGUUAGGCUCGCCAGUGGUCGUCAAUAAAACUUUGGUGGCACUGAUAGCGUACACCUGCCACGACGUGCAAAAUUGGGUGGAAUGGAAAUACGUGAACGUCAAUCGCAACGUUCGAUGGAUACGCAAAGAGCUAAGGAGAAAUCUGACCGAGGAACUUAAUCUUUCUAAUACAAAGGACAAGAAAUGUCCAAGCACUUAA